CCUACUCCCCUUCUUGAGCCAUUUUAGCGCCUCCUCUUUUUCGCUCAAAGCUUUUGCAGCAAUCAAGCUCCCUCUUAAAAGAUGAGGAGAGAGAAACUGUGAGAGGGAUGGAUUGUUAGGGCAUGUGUUUGUUUUUGUUUUUGUCUUUGCUUCCUAUUUAACCCUACCUCUUCUCUGUGUUUACAUUCCACAUGCCCUUCCUUUCCCUUUUCCCUCACUUUCCCUGCCUUGGUCUUGGUUUCUUUUCCUUUCCUCGGGAUCUGAUCUCCCUAUAGAAAGUACUGUCUUCUUGACGUACAACAGCUGGAGUUCAGUUCAAUUCCCGAGGAUCACUUAUGUUCUGUGCCAUCUUUCUUGCUUGAUAUUUCCUUUGUUGAUCCUCUCGUUCAGUGUUUUUUUGUCUGGUUCAGUGGGCUUGGAAAAGUUAAAAGACAGUGACGAAAGCAAUAAUCUUAAAGUCUUUUGGCUUUAAGCUGGUUGGUGGAUACGAGGUUGGGUUCAAACGGAUCGGAGGAGUUGUAGAUUGGAUAGGAAGUGCUGUGAAAGAUUUUCAAGGUUUCGAGUUAUUGGGAGAAUAUCAUGAAUACCUUUUCACAUGUUCCUCCAGGCUUUAGAUUCCAUCCGACAGAUGAAGAACUUGUUGAUUAUUAUCUCAGAAAAAAGGUUGCUUCCAAAAGGAUUGAUCUAGAUGUCAUCAGAGAUGUUGAUCUUUACAAAAUUGAGCCGUGGGAUCUUCAAGAAUUAUGCAAGAUAGGAACUGAAGAGCAGAAUGAAUGGUAUUUCUUUAGCCAUAAAGAUAAGAAAUAUCCAACUGGAACUCGCACAAAUAGAGCUACAAAGGCAGGAUUCUGGAAAGCUACUGGAAGAGACAAGGCUAUUUACGCUAGGCACAGUCUAAUUGGCAUGAGAAAGACUUUAGUGUUUUAUAAAGGACGAGCCCCUAACGGACAAAAGUCAGAUUGGAUCAUGCAUGAGUAUCGACUAGAAACAAACGAAAAUGGAACUCCUCAGGAAGAAGGAUGGGUUGUAUGUAGAGUGUUCAAGAAGCGAAUGACGGCAAUGCAGAAAAUGGGCGAGUAUGACUCGCCAUGUAAUUGGUACGAUGAUCAAGUCUCAUUCAUGCCCGAACUUGAUUCCCCGAGGCGAGUUUCUCACCCUUUUGCAUCCUACAACCACCAUUAUCCCUGCAAGCAGGAGCCUGAGUUACAAUAUCAUACGUCUCAUCAUGAUGGUUUCCUCCAGCUCCCCCAACUAGAGAGCCCCAAACUUCCCCAGUCUGCAACCACCAGCGUUUGCUCAAUAGUUCCAAUAUAUGGCUUUGAUAUGAACACUGGAAGCGCCAUGCGGUCCUCAAACCUUACGCAAGAAGAGCGCAUGCAACAGUGCCAUCAACAAAACAUGAGCUCCUCAUUAUUUUACGGAAAUAACGUCGACCAGGCGGUGGACCAGGUGACUGAUUGGCGAGUCCUUGACAAAUUUGUUGCAUCUCAGCUCAGCCAUGACCAAGAUACCUCCAAGGAAAGAAAUUACUCCAAUGCAGUUGUCUUCAAUGUGGCAGAACAUAUGAAUAUGUUAUCAAACGACUCCAAAACUACCGAGGAAUAUGUCUGACAUAUAUCUGAGCGCGCCUCCUGCUGCCAUUCAUAAUGAUCUGUGGAUGGAUCAAGUGAAAACAUGAUGAUGCUAUACAUAAGAAUUAGAUGAUGCAUGAUACUAAUCAUAGGAAGUACGUACCAUUUGAAAGGAAAGAGGUAAUGAUCGAUCCUGCAUGCAGGUUUCUGUGUACAUAAUAAAACUAAAAUGGUAUUGCUUUAAUUAGCUAGACUUUGUUGCCCUUUGUGUUGAUUUGAUAUUACUGGGAAACUAAGUACGUACUAGACCAGACAUAUUAUACCUAGCUACGACAAAUAAAUUAGUGCUUCUAAGUCAUGAAACUACGGCCGAGAGCUGUUGCAACUAUCUCUCGGUGACUGUUGAAUAUUGUAAUUGAUCUUCCUAUUAUAUAUUACAGCUUCAUUUGGAUUUGAA